UCGUUCCACGCUAAAUUCCAUGUGCCGUCUGAUGAUGAUUGAUGCGUAUGCGUUUUUUUCCAUCCUUCUCUUGUUUAUUUCUCUCUGCGUCAAUCCUGCCGAUUGUUCAUUAGAUUCUCCUCUCCAAGUCAAUGUCCGUGCUUCUCUCUCUCUCUCUCUCCUCUUCGGGCCUUCUCUCUUCAGUUUGGCCAUUUUGGACCUCGCACGAGCUAAUCUCCUACUCUAUGACUGUACACGCCUCACCAAAGUGCAGGGAGAACUGUUCAUCCAUGCAUGUUCUCAGCUCAGGGGUGGCACAAUAAACAGAGGCUGACACAGCAAUUCACAGGUUCACAGCUGCGGCGCCGAUUUUACGUGCACGCAGCAAGCUUUGGGAUGGAGUUAUGCGAUUGGGCGGCUCUUAACUAUGCUUUCCUCCUCACCACCAUCUGUCUGCUCUGUGCCUCUGUCCCCCCUUUCCCAUUUAUUUUUUUACCUUUUUCAUGGAGCCGAGGAGGAGGAAGCGGCCAAGUUUUCAAAUCACGGCCGCAUGUGACCGUGACUGUUCGCGGAUAGCUCCAUGCGCAAGGGGUGUCUGUCCCGUUCUUGAGCUCGGAGCCAAGGACGACAGGCAGGUCCACUUGCUGCCUAACCCGCAUCUGUAAAGCAAAGCGCGCCCCGCGCCUCCGCCCCAUCUCGCACUCUGCCCGGCCUUUUGAUUCCCGCCCGUGCUUGCCUGCGGUGGUGGAGGAGGAGAAUAGUAUUAUGCUAAGCUAAUGCCGCGGCCCCUUUCGUCGGCUCCAGUCCCGGCUCGGCGUUGCUCCUCCCCUCCAUUCCCUGUCGGCCUCUUGCGCUUUCCGGCCUCGGAUUCUUUGUCGUGUGCGCCCCCUCCGUUGCAUCUCGCUGCUUCUCCUUCUUCUUCGCUUUGCAUCUGAGUUGAGCUGGAGCAUCGAUCCCGUCCGCCUCGUCCUCCCCGACGCGGCUUCGGCUGGACUCCACCGCGCUCUUUAGUUCGGUUUCCCCGUCAGAGCUUCCAACCUGUUCUACUCGGUUUAGAUUUUGGAGCUAGAGUUUCCAAAGCAAAAGCUUUCCUUUUUUUUCCCUCCCUCCCCUUUGCAUUUGGCAUGAGGGGAAACGCUGCGGUUUCGCCCCUUUUCUGAGCAUGCUGUCCUUGAACAAAAUGCAUUUUCUCAAGCUAUAUUCCAGCAGCAACAGCUCCAGGAAUGGCUCCUUGGAACACCCCACCCGGACGUCCUCCCUGGGCGGUAACAAGGCCGGCCGGACGGCGAGGAUGGCCGAGUCGCCCACCGGCCUCAGCCCCAAGGUCGACCGCCGCACGGCGGUGAGCGCCGAGAGAGAGAAAAGGAGGCCACCGACGACGAAGCUAUCGGAGCUGGAGUCCCAGCUGUCGCAGCUGCAAGACGAGCUCAAGAAGGCCAAGGAGCAGCUCCAUUCCUCCGAGCUCUCCAGGAAGCGGGCCCUGCAGGAGGUGGACGACGCCAAGGCGCAGGCCGCCGCGGCGUCCGCGCAGGCGCGCGACACCGAGGCUCAGCUCGCCGAGCUCUCGUCGGCCGAGGAGUCCCGCCUCCUGGAGCUGCGUCGUCUGUCGCAGGAGCGCGACCGCUCGUGGCAGUCGGAGCUGGAGGCCAUGCAGAAGCAGCACGCCGCGGACUCGACCGCGCUUGCCGCGGCGAUGGGCGAGGUGCACCGCCUCCGCGUCCAGCUCGCCGCCACGGCGCGCGCCGACCGCCGGCAGGACGUGGUGGAGGCGCUGGCCACCAUCAACGAGCUCAGGGCCAAGCUCAAGGCAAGCGAGGAGGCCGAGGCGCAGGCGCGCGCGAUGCACGAGGAGUGCAAGCAGCAGCUGGAGGCGAGCCGGGCCACCAUCGAUUCGCUGCUCACCGACGGGUCCAAGCUGAUGGACUCGUUCAGCCUCGUGGUGAAGGAGCUCGAGGAGUCGCGUGCCACGGUCAAGGCUCUUGAGGACGAGAUCGCGGAGACGUCGUCGAAGGCCGCAAGCGACCGCUGCAACUGCUCGGGCUCGGAGUCGGAGGCCGCCGAGCUGAGGGCGGAGCUGGAGGCCGCGGAGGAGAGGUACCAAGAAGAGAAGAUCCUUAGCACCGUCGAGACGCAGUGCGCGUACGAGCUCAUGGACCAGAUAAAGACAGAGUCCGACCUGCGGCACGGCAAGCUUGCGGCGGCGCUCGAGGGCGCCAAAUCCGAGGUCAUCUUCCUCAAGGCGAGCCUGUUCGACAAGGAAUCCGAGCUACGGAGCGCCCUGGACGCGAACAGGAAGCUACAAGCGGAGGCGAGAACGGACGGCUCGGCCGACGCGCUGAAGCAGCAGCUGCAGGGCGCGCUGCACGAGAACGGGCUGCUGAAGCAGGAGCUGCAUCAGUACGAGUCCGAGAAGGGCUCCGCGACCGCGAGGACGGCGGAGGCCGACGCGGCGGAGGCGGCGAAGAAGGGCGAGAUGGAAACCGAGCUGCGUCGCCUGCGGGUGCAGGCCGAGCAGUGGCGGAAGGCCGCGGAGACAGCCAUGGCGCUGCUGACCGUUGGCAAGGGCGGGAACGGCAAGGUCGUGGAGCGGAGCGAGUCGUGGGAGGGCGGCAAGUACGCGGGCCUCUGCGAGGAAUUGGACGACGACGCGGCCGCCAGGAAGAACGGCAACGUGCUGAGGAGGAUCAGCGGCAUGUGGAAGAAGUGAGGGCGAUCGGACAGCUAAGAGGCUCGCCGCGGCAACGGUUUUACUGCUCUCUAGGGAGCCCUGGGUUUCUUAACUCUCUCUGCUGUAAUUGUUUAGUUUUGCAGGUUCUUGUGGUGUAAAAAUUAAAUGAAACGUGCUCAUAGCUGUAUUAUACAAGGUGGUACAUGGAGGAACAAUUCGUCUGAGUGCGACAGGGUUGUGGUAGGUUACCAAUGGUUGCAUCCGAAAGUGUUUAGUCAUCAAGAAUUCGAAUUUGAUACUUCUUUUCGUUAAAGAAACGGAAGUUCGAUUGAUUCCUA